CAGAGUAGUGAUGCUGGAUGGGCGGGCAGGUGCGGGCAGCGAUCGGUUGAAGAGUAUGCAUUUAGUUUUAUUUGCAUUUAAGAGUAGUUGGAGGCCACGGAAGUAGAGUUGUACGGCAUUGAAGCUCUUCUGGAGGUUAGUUAACACAGUGUCCAAAGAAGGGCCAGAAGUAUACAGAAUGGUGUCGUCUGCGUAGAGGUGGAUCAGAGAAUCACCAGCAGCAAGAGCGACAUCAUUGGAUGUAUACAGAGAAAAGAGUCGGCCCGAGAAUUGAACCCUGUGGCACCUCCAUAGAGACUGCCAGAGGUCCGGACAACAGGCCCUCCGAUUUGACACACUGAACUCUGUCUGAGAAGUAGUUGGUGAACCAUUUGAGAAACCAAGGCUGUUAAGUCUGCCGAUAAGAAUGUGGUGAUUGACAGAGUCGAAAGCCUUGGCCAGGUCGAUGAAUACGGCUGUACAGUAUUGUCUAACAUGUCUGAUAUAUACUGCCGGAAUCUUUACUUUCCAUACAUCAAAACAGAGAAUUGCAUAGACAAUCUUUGUGCACCCAAAAUGUCACAUUUUCAUAUUUUUUCAGUUAUCAUAUUUUUUAGCAGUCAAUUGACUGCUUCCAUGUGCAUGGCAUAAGAGAGAACUCUUUCUUUGCCCAAAAUGCCACUGGUUAACAAAGCAGAAGUAAUACUUUCGUUCUUUACCAUACUAUUCAAAUUGUGUCCAUGUGAUGGAAUCCGUUUGCUUACCAUUCGUUAUUUGCUUGUGUGGGACUUUCCUAGCAUAUAUUUUCAAACACUACAGUCAGGUCCAUAAUUAUUGGCACCCUUGAUAAAGAUAAGCAAUAAAGUCUAGAAAAUAGCUAUAUUUUCAUGUCAUCUGUCCAUAGCUCUGGUUCCAAGUCCUGAUGCAGUUUGUCGACCUCCAGGCAGGGUUGGGCCGAUGACAUGAAAAUAAAGCUUUUUGGCCACGCACACCAGUGGUGGGUUUGGCGUUGACAGUAUGCAGAAAAGUACCUCAUUCCUAUGGUAAAAUACGGUGGUGCAUCCUUGAUCCUUGUUAAGGUCAACUACAUCAGAACCAGUCCCAGGACAUUUGACCCAAGAACCUGGUUGCCUCUGCCAGGAGGCUGACACUUGGCCACAAGUGGAUCUUCCAGCAAGGCAAUAACCAAGCACACAUCACAAUCCACCAAGAAAUGGUUAAUUGACUACAAAAUCAACAUUUUGCAAUGGCUGUCUCCGGACUUGAACCCAAUUGGUUUGAAUUGAAGAGGGCAGUCUAUAAGAGCAGACAAAGGAUAUCAAUGAUCGGGAAGGAUUCUGUAUGGAGGAAUGGUCUAAGAUCCCUCCCAGUGUGUUCUCCAACUCAUAGAAUAUUUGAGAAGAAUACUGUGUUAUCCUUGCAAAGAAUGGGUGCUGGAGUACUGAAAGAUUUGUAUUACUUGUUAAACAAUCCAUUUCUUUAUGCUCUUCUAUUAGUAUAAUUCGUAAAAAAAAAAUUUUUGCUAAUAUUUAUGGUUUGACUGUAUGAAAUGUUAACAUAUGUGCAGGUAAUUGAUGUGCAUUUAGACGUUACUGCUAGAUACAGGGGACACGAGGUUAUACAACAAGGUCAUUUUUUUCUGUCUUUAUAUAAUUGGAAAUAUAGACUCAUUAACAUGCACAGAAUUGUUUGAACGUCAUCUAUAGCGAAAAAUCAUAAAAUAUCACUGCUUUCUGUUAUACCAGACAGGAGAAAAAGCUACUCAUUAUGCAAGUCCUGUCGAUUGAAAACAAUUACUUCAGUUGCCUUGGGACUGCACAUGCACAGAGAUAACAGAAAGGCUCUUCAUAUGAUGUAAGAAAAUUAACAUUUGAAAUCAAUGUAAACUAACUGAUCUAUUUUGAUAAUAAAGACAUUAACAUAUGUUCCUUUUUGUUCACUCUUGUCUCAAAGAAAUCAGCUUUGGACCUGGUUUCUGACAAUUAAAAUGUUUUCUUUAUGUCAUAGCAUGUAAACAGUCAAAUUACUAAUAUACAACAUGGGCCAUACUUUGGUAUGACAAAUAAUUGACAGUUCAUUGCGACUAUACCAGCUGCUUUUGAAGUCAAAGACAGUAUUGUUAUUUUGAACUUUAAGUCCUAGUACCACCUGCCUCUUCCCAUGGCCAGACCACCGUGUUGUAAAUGAUUAAUACUGAUAACAGUAUGGAGACACCAUAUGGGCACCAUUUUGGAGGCGUGAGUGAGGAAGGCUAUAAGAGUUCACUGCCUUUGUUCCAUCCCUUCUGUGGAUGAGACUGACUUCUGUCAACAUGACUACCCCUCUGUUCACUGCUCUUUCCUUCCUGGCUGUGCUGGCCCUUGGGUCAUGUCUAGCUCUCUUGCCUGAGGAGCAGCCCUAUGUGGAGCGUGCUGGUAUCCAAUACAGCGCUAGGCCUUACACCUCCCUCCUCACCGUGCCCAAUGGAGAGCAGUUUGGGAACUGGACCUGGCCCGAGAUGUGUCCCGACAAGUUCUUCGCCGUUGGGUUCAUGGUCCGGGUGGAGUCCGAACAGUACGGUCUGGACGACACUGCCCUGAAUGGCAUUCGCUUGAUCUGCGCUAAGGACGAAGAUAGGAGCUUCUUGUACACCAUUGAGUCUCACACUGGAUUCUUUGGUGACUGGUCGGACCCCCAGUAUUGCCCCAGGGGUGUGCUGACUUCCUUCCAGCUGCGUGUGGAGCCCCACCAGGGUCUGUUCGGUGACGACACAGCCGCCAACAACGUCAGGUUCCGCUGCAGCAGCAACCCCACCCUCGCAGGCGCCGGCCUGGACUACGGCGAGUACAGCCUCUGGAGCCAGGAUUGUGGCGAUGGAGGAAUCUGUGGCAUCGAGACCAAGAUGGAGGAAUACCAGUACGGUCUGGAUGACUCAUCUCUCAAUGACGUGCGCUUCCACUGCUGCGCCAAACUCCAGCAGUAAUCAUCUGAGGGAGAUACCUCUUCUGGACCAAUCUCAACCAACCAACUGGCCCAGACCUGUCAACACACAGGCUCUGACCCAUGGUCCAUUCAAUCCAAUCUACACCCAAUAUCUGAAUCUGCCACUGGUUAAAACCUAAUAAAUCAUUCAACUGUC